CGCCCGCCGCCUCCGGGGACGACGGUCGGGAGCGCGGGCUGCCCCCGGGCCCGAGGCGCCGUCUGAGGCGCCCCGCAGGCUGUGUCCUCCGCGAGCGACCCUCCAGCCCCGCGGGGCAGCCGUGCGGGUGUUAGUGGCGCUGGACGGGCUGACAGCAGGUCCAAGCUAAACGGAAACAUGAGCCGACGAGGGUCGUGUACACAGGUGCACGUCGCUCAGAAGGACGCCAGCGGCCGGCGGCCAGUGCACGGCGGCUCCGGGCGCGGCGGCCUCUGGCGUCUGUGUGUGUUUCUGCCUGUUCAGGCGUUUUGGGUUGCCAUCCGUAAUUAAUAAUCAGGCAAGAAAGACAGUGGUGCAGUUUAGUUCCGUUUGAAAGAAAUGGAAAAGCAUGUGGUGUACAAAUGGGAAUUGUGUAACACAGAGCCCAGUGGAAGCGUCCCUGCAUUCCGUGUUUUCCUGAAAGCAGGGUCCCUCUACUAUGACAGUUUUGGAGAUCCGGCCUGCCUGUUCACCAUGAAGGAGACAGACCGGGAGGCUGUUGCAACUGCGGUCCAGAGGGUAGCUGGGAUGCUUCAGCGCCCGGACCAGCUGGACAAGGUGGAGCAGUACCGCAGAAGAGAGGCCCGGAAGAAGGCCUCCGUGGAGGCCAGGUUGAAGGCCGCGAUCCAGUCGCAGUUGGACGGGGUGCGCACGGGCCUGAGCCAGCUGCACAACGCGCUGAACGACGUGAAGGACAUCCAGCGGUCACUGGCUGACGUCAGCAAGGACUGGAGGCAGAGCAUCAACACCAUCGAGAGCCUCAAGGACGUGAAGGACGCCGUGGUGCGGCACAGCCAGCUCGCCGCUGCCGUGGAGAACCUCAAGAACAUCUUCUCAGUGCCCGAGAUUGUGCGGGAGACCCAGGACCUCAUAGAGCAGGGGGCACUCCUGGAAGCCCACCGGAAGCUGAUGGACCUGGAGUGCUCCCGGGAUGGGCUGAUGUACGAGCAGUACCGCACCGACAGCGGGAACACGCGCGACAUGACUCUCAUCCACGGCUACUUCGGGAGCACGCAGGGGCUGUCCGACGAGCUGGCCAAGCAGCUGUGGAUGGUGCUGCAGAGGUCGCUGGUCACCGUCCGCCGUGACCCUACCUUGCUGGUGUCAGUAGUCAGGAUCAUUGAGAGGGAAGAAAAGAUUGACAGGCGCAUACUGGAUCGCAAAAAGCAAACUGGCUUUGUCCCUCCCGGGAGGCCCAAGAAUUGGAAGGAGAAGAUGUUCGCCAUUCUGGACAGGACCGUGACCACCAGGAUCGAGGGCACGCAGGCGGACACCAGGGAGUCCGACAAGAUGUGGCUUGUCCGCCACCUGGAAAUCAUCAGGAAGUACGUCCUGGACGACUCGUCUCACAAAACCCUAAUGGCUCAGUGCUUCCCGCCGCAGUACGACAUCUUCAGGAGACUCCUGGGCAUGUACCACCAGGCGCUGAGCAGCCGGAUGCAGGAGCUCGCGUCCGAAGACCUGGAAGCAAACGAGAUCGUGAGCCUGCUGACGUUCUUAAACACCUACACCAGCACAGAGAUGAUGGGGAACGUGGACCUGGCCCCAGAAGUGGAUGUCAUUGCCCUGGAGCCUCUGCUUUCUCCAAACGUGGUCUCUGAGCUGCUGGACACGUACAUGUCAACUCUCACUUCAAACAUCAUUGCCUGGUUGCGGAAAGCUCUAGAAACAGACAAAAAAGACUGGGUAAAAGAGACCGAGCCGGAAGCCGACCAAGACGGGUACUACCAGACGACACUCCCGGCUAUCGUCUUCCAGAUGUUCGAGCAGAAUCUCCAAGUUGCUGCUCAGAUAAGUGAAGAUCUGAAAACAAAGGUACUAGUUCUGUGUCUUCAGCAAAUGAGCUCUUUCUUAAGUAGGUACAGAGACGAAACCCAGCUGUACAAGGAGGAUCACCUGCGGGACCGGCAGAACCCGCCCUGCUACGUGCAGUACAUGGUCGCCAUCAUCAACAACUGCCAGACCUUCAGGGAGUCAGUCGUCAGUUUGAAAAGGAAGUACUUGAAGAGCAGCGGGGAGGAGGACGUGUCCCUGAGCCAGCCCAGCAUGGACGGUGUGCUGGACGCCAUCGCGGACGAGGGCUGCCGCAGCCUGCUGGAGGAGGUCUUCCUGGACCUGGAGCAACACCUCAGUGAGCUGAUGACAAGGAAGUGGCUUUUGGGAUCGAACGCUGUAGAUACCAUCUGUGUCACCGUGGAAGACUAUUUCAACGAUUUUGCCAAAAUCAAAAAGCCGUAUAAAAAGCGGAUGACGGCCGAGGCGCAGCGGCGUGUGGUGGUGGAGUACCUGCGGGCCGUCAUGCAGAAGCGUAUCUCGUUCCGGAGCCCCGAGGAGCGCAAGGAGGGCGCCGACCGGAUGGUGCGGGAGGCCGAGCAGCUCCGCUUCCUCUUCCGGAAGCUGGCUUCUGGGUUUGGCGAAGACGCGGCCGGGUACUGUGACACGAUCACCGCCGUCGCCGAGGUGAUCAAGCUGACGGACCCAUCCUUGCUCUACCUGGAGGUGUCGACUCUGGUGAGCAAGUACCCAGACAUCAGGGAUGACCACAUCGGUGCGCUGCUGGCCGUGCGAGGGGACGCCAGCCGGGACAUGAAGCAGACCAUCAUCGAGAGCCUGGAGCAGGGCCCCACGCAGGCGAGUCCAAACUACGUGCCCAUCUUCAGGGAGAUCAUGGUCCCCAGUCUGAACGUGGCCAAGCUCCUCAAGUAGCCCAUCACCUUCCGGCCCAAGUCGGACCCCACAUUCUCCACCCACCCUUGGAAACGUGACAGCCAGCGCCCCGGUGCCGAGCACAUGGCUCCCUAGAGGACAGGCGCUGUGGUGGCGGCUUCUGGCCCCUCGUCCUGUUGUGGACAAGGGUCAUGAAUGGGGCCCUCUGGGUGCCCGCCUUCUGACCUUCUGCCGCUUAAUAAAGGUCAGAGCUGCAGGCGUGAGCGCGCCGGCGUGAGGUUUCUUACGGGCGACCGCAUGGGCCCCGCUGGUGUCCCCACAACUAGGCAGUAGCCCUGGUGCCCAGCAGGAGCGGCCGGGCGAACCCUUGCUGGUAGGUGUGCAGUGCCAGCAGUGUCAGGUCCGGUGACAGCAACAUGAACGCAGCGUUCAUCUAGUGCUAUCAGGAUCUGGGAGCCGUGCUUACUCCUGACAAGGGUCCCUGAGCCCUUGCUGUCAUUGAGCCGUUUCCACAGCGUCUGCUCUCAGCAAUAGCCUCGUUUUACACAUUAAUCUCCACACCAGGCUCAUGGGAAGCCACACCCACCAAACGGUGAGCCCAUGACUCCCCACCGCUGUCAGUGAACAGACUCUGCAGACAGGCGGUGCUCUGGUGUCUGCAGCACAGGUCCCCAGGUCCUGGCCGUUCAGGCAGGAGGCGCCCGAGCUUCUCUGUCCCCUGCAGGACGUCUCAGGUGCAGGGUCAGUGGACAUGGGCUUUUCCCUCUAAGACAUGUCCGAGGUGGCGUUUUCAUUUCAUGAAAAAUUCACAAAUAGAAUCAAAACUCAAGUGGAACUGAGUAACUGAAAAUUAGAUGCCAUUUUUACGAGUCCUGGCUCAGGAGCGAUGGAACCUUCCUAAAGGUGUCAAGCUAACGUCUGUGUCUCGAGAAACGUAUUAAUAUGGGUCCCUACUUCCGACCUGCCUGGAACGGCAUCUGGAAGUGCGCAGUAAGAAUUUUUAAGUAAUUGUUUAUCGUCAUUAAUCAUUGUCCCUUUAAUAAUAAAAACACGUUAUUUUCAUUCCAA